AUUUGAAGUGAAGCAAUUCAAGUUCAGGACACAUUGCUUCCAUGUGAUGAAAGAGAGCUAUAGAAAGUGGAAAUCAAGACUUCGUACAGACUACAAGAAGUUUGACACGGAUGAAGAACAAAUGCAAAAUAUCCCUGAAGGUUUAACAACUGAAAAUUGGGAGAAAAUGCUACAAGUCUUUGCAUCAAAGGAAUUUGUGGAAUUGAGU